AUGCGCGGAAGAAUGGCGUGCAUAGCAGGCGGUGCCCCAGAUUCUAAAAUUAUUGUUACACCAUCGCGAACUCAGCCUCUAGAGCGCCCUAGUAUUUUAACCUUUGCUGACGGUGGAGCGCAACCAGGGCUGUGCCGUGCCAACGCAAGCCAAGACCGUCAGCAAACCCUCAGCUCUCCCUCCCAUCACCGCCAUCUGAUCACGCUCUGCGGCGGACCUAACCGCAUUCUCUUGCUGGAAAAAUUCCGGCCCAUAUGUCAGACGCAGUAA